AUGUUGAACUUCACUAGACUUCCGGUAACUCAAGCCGGACUUAAGCAGUGCACUUCUAAGUCAUAUGUCCUUCACAGCCUUCUACAAAAGUUGUCCAUAGACUACGUCAAUGCUCCCACAACCUUCCCUAUUGAAACACCGUCUAAGGCAGAAAUCAUGCUCAAGGGUGAGAAAGAAGGGCUACUGAAACCAAGACAAUAUUUUGCCUAUGCUAAGCUGUUAAUGACGUUCUAUAAAGCAGGCGUUAAGAACGCAUGGAAUAACCGACGUGAAAGUUCCCGUAUAAUGGCAACCCAUUUUCUUGAAAUGGUAGACAAGAACGGUGAUACCAUCAAGGCUAAACCUUUGAGUUUCAAUCAGUUAUCAGAUUUCAUGUCUCAGAUCAUAUUCAUGUCUCGUUUGGAAUUGGAUGCCGUGAAGAAACUGAAUAAUGCUUCAGUCUCUGAUUCAACACCGAACAUGGUAAAACGUCAUAAAACUGACGGUAAGGAUGGUGAUCCUGUGGCUGAUGUCAAAAGUCAAUUGUUUCGUUUAACAAGAAGUGAGUUCCAGUUAUACUAUCGAAGUGGAAAGGAUAUUCAGAAAUUAGCAUUAUUCUUUUUAACUCUUUUGAUAUUUGAAGAGUUUACUCCAUUGAUAUGCUACUACAUUCCUACAAUUGCUCCUUCCACGUGCUUGCUACCAAACAUUUAUCCUAGAAUAUGGAAACCUGAAGCUCUUGCAGCAUUGGAGAGCUACAAGCAACAACAAAACCAACUGGUUGAAGUCUACGCUACAAAAAAUGCCUAUAGUCUUAACGAUGAUGAAGUCAGACUUAUGUCCAGAGCCUUGAGACUUGUAGGAGGUAUUGUGCCUGUUGGAUGGUAUCCCAUGAUAUAUUUACGUAGGAGAUUACAGAACCAUUUCAACUAUUUAACUGUGGACAACUACUAUUUAUCUGGACUUAACGGGAACGGGAAUGUAUGGGAUCUAUCUCGACAGGAAUUAAUACUUUGUUGUUUGGAACGAGGUCUUUUAUCUUGUGUUGGUGAUAUUCCUUCCAAUGAAUCUAUGCAGUGGUCUUUGAUUCGGUUUAUAUAUGAGUUUGAGAACGCUAAUGUUGGGUACAUUGGAUUGAAUGCUCAAUUAGAACCCUUGGGACAGUUGGAGAAGGAAACAGAUAAAUUCUUGAUUGUAAAUAGUUAA